GUGGCCUCUGCGCGCCACGUGGCCUCGGAGAUUGAGAGCAACCAUUUGUAUUUGCAGAUGGUCCGAGACGCCACAGCUCAGACCUACGUUUUACAUCAACGAGCAGCCUUGCAUGCCCUUGAAGAUUUCAGCUGCGGCAUAUUGGAGGUGUCUCCAGAUGAGACGGAAAUGGGAGUAGAGGUGCACGGUGCAAACAUCAAGGAUAG